AUGUCUGCAAGCGAGAUAAUGUCAGCGGUUCACCGAAUGGAUUUGGAAGCAUUACCGCCAGAAAGUGUUGAUAUUCUUCUGAAAAUAGCACCAACUCAAGAUGAAAUGACACGUUUCCGUCGAUAUGAAGCCGAUCAUAAGAAUACGUCUGAUUUGUCGGAAGAGGAUCAGUUCUUGGCACAGUUGGUCAAGAUUGAACGCUUUGAACAUAAGGUGAAAAUCAUGUCGUUCAUGGCUACUUUUGAAGAGAGUGCUGACUUGCUCGAACCGCAAUUCGUCAAUUUAACAGCUGCAUCGAAAUGUGUUCGUGACGCCGUCAAAUUCCAUAAGGUGCUCGAGGUGAUGCUUGCGUACGGUAAUUAUAUGAACAGUGGACGUAAAGGGGCCGUUUACGGUUUCAAGAUAUCAAGUUUGGACACGCUGUCGGGUCUGAAAAGUUCCGUUGAACGAUCUCUAUCAUUGCUGCACAUAAUAACCGAUUCGAUAGCGCGUUCAUUCCCUGAUCUGCUGGAUUUUGCUACAGAGCUGAAAUUCGCUGAUAAGGCUAGUGGAAUUAUGUGGGAGGCAGUAUUGGCUGAUAUGCGUGAAGUUGAAACAAAUUUCGGGUUAGCAAAAAAAGAACGAGACUUGAAGGGGAACGAUUGUCCGUCAACUUUGGUAACAUUCAUUGAUAAGUGUCAACAGCGAAUCAAUCAUCUGCAAGUUCAAUGCAAAACCGCAACGGAGGCAUUCAAUGCUUGCGUUGAAUUUUAUGGUGAAUCUGCACGAAGUCAACAACCACAUACAUUCUUCUCAAGACUUAUUGAUUUCACGAAGAAAUUCCAUCAAGCCGUUCAAGAUAAUGAAGCGAGACACGCCGCUGAGCAGGUUUAUGCUUCACUUUGCCUACUAAUCACUGAUCACUGA